AUGAGCAACGCGUUCGUCGAUACCGUGCAGCCCUCGCUGGACGCAACGAUCCAUCGGAUAGCGGAGUUAAAGGAGAGUCAGCAGCGCCUGCUCAAGUUACUGACGGAGCAGAACGCUGGAAUCAAGUCCAACAAGCAGCUAGAGGACGCGGCCGUGGUGCUGGAAAAGUUGCCGUUUUAUGUCAAGAAGCUGCAGGGCGUCAAGAUGGCCAUGCAAGAAAUUUCAGUCAGCACGGAGAAGAUGAAGCGCCGUGCCGAGGGGCUCCGGAUCGACGCCCAGUCCUAUGCAAUCAAGAAAGAGAACAAGCGGGAUGCGCAGUCGCAGUGGAACAAGUUAUACGCUGCGAAGAGCGCACCGAGUCCAGGUGCACCUCCUGCCCAGUCUUAG